UGUCAGUGGGUGGAAGGAGCUAAGCUAGUCAUGAGCUAAAUGUCCGACAAGACAUUUCUGUGACAUUUAUCAUCUAAAGUCCACAUUUACCAACUAGGGAGUCAUUUAAGAGGUCAGCAUCAUGGGUGAACCACAGCAGGUUAGUGCUCUGCCACCUCCACCUAUGCAGUAUAUCAAAGAGUACACAGAUGAAAACAUCCGUAAAGGUCUGGCUCCUAAGCCCCCUCCACCCAUCAGAGACAGCUACAUGAUGUUUGGUAACCAGUUCCAGUGUGACGACCUCAUCAUCCGGCCAUUGGAGAGCCAAGGCAUUGAGAGACUCCAUCCUAUGCAGUUUGACCACAAAAGAGAGCUUAAAAAGCUCAACAUGUCCAUUCUUGUGAACUUUUUAGACCUGCUGGACAUCCUCAUCAAGAGCCCUGGUAGUAUAAAGCGGGAAGAGAAGCUGGAGGACUUAAAGCUUCUGUUUGUUCAUAUGCACCAUCUGAUAAAUGAGUACAGGCCACAUCAAGCCAGGGAGACACUGAGGGUGAUGAUGGAGGUACAGAAGAGACAGAGACUAGAGACAGCUGAGCGGUUCCAGAAACAUCUGGAGAGGGUGGUGGAGAUGAUCCAGGGAUGCCUUGCCUCCUUACCUGAUGACCUGCCACAGAUGGAGGGUCCUGAUGGUGCUAGUGAUGGGUCGAGGAGUGUGUCCGCAGCAGUUAGUGUUGGGUGUUCCUCUGGGCAGGCCCCCAGGCUGAAAACUGAACCAAUGGAUGUCGAGGAAGCCGGUGCCAGCUGUAUGGCAGCAGGUCACCAGGAUAAGAGCACCCCUACUUCAAAGAAGGACAAAAUAUGGGACAAGGAUGCUGCCAUGUGCAGUAUUAUUGAUGAAAUUGCUUAAGUUUCCUGUUGAGUAGCCAUGUUCUUUUUCUUUUUUUGUACACCUAGACUGUGUUUGUUUGUUUGUUUUUGUAUGCUGUACUUAAAGUAAGGCCAGAAACACACUGGCUGCAUGAGCAGUGCGUGAUGGUAACCUUGCCGAACUGCUGCGUGUUUCACCCUUGUGGUGUCCACACUGCCAGCAUUGUGGCUCGAGACUUCUGCAGGGCUGCUUGCUGCUGUGAGUACUUCAUUUCCACAUUUAUAAGCACACAUUCCAAGUUGUGCAAGCUCCUGCACUGUCAACAACACAGCCCUGCAAAUAUGCACAGUAAAAUGCCUCAUGUCAACAACUGAUGGGGUUCAAUAUACAGAAACAUUGUCAGAGGACUUUCAUUUUGAAAUGGGAUCAAGA